AUGGCCACCUCCAGGUCUGCACGACUGCAGUCUCCAGUCGGCAGAAAUCUUCAAAACGUUGUGUUGGGCAAUCUCUUGUUCCAGCCAUGGAACCAAUCCAUCUACCCCGAGGACCUCGUCGCCAAAGACGCCGACCGGCUUUACGUUUGCCGUUGGUGCUUUCGAUAUUCAUGUGAUGGCGACGUGUCUGAUAAACACAAACGAGCUUGCGAGCAUCGCACAACGCCCCCGGGAACCAAAGUCUAUGACCAUGGCGGGUAUGCGGUUUGGGAAGUCGAUGGGCAAGACUACAAACUAUUUGGACAGAAUUUGUCCCUAUUCGCCAAACUUUUCCUAGAUCACAAGACUGUUUUCUUUGAUGUCGCAACUUUUCUUUACUACAUCCUCACUUUCACCGAUCCUGAUGAUGGCUACUACGUGCUUGGAUUCUUCUCCAAAGAGAAGCUUUCGUGGGACGCGAAUAACCUUGCCUGUAUCUUGAUCUUCCCACCUUACCAGCACAAGCAGCUCGGAAAGUUAUUGAUGGGGGUCAGCUACAAGUUGAGUGGUUGGGAUUCCAACGGUGGACCCAUAGGCGGACCAGAGAAGCCGUUGAGUGAACUGGGCCACAAGAGCUACGUCCGGUUUUGGGCUGAGCGAAUUGCUCGGUACUUGCUAUGCGGCAAACCCGGUAGCAGUGUCCAGGAUCCCGAUCAACAGAAGCCCAACUCGACUCCCAAGGGUUCGCGCAAGAGACCCCCACGUGAAACAAUCACUGUCGAGGAGCUCGGCCUGGGGACGGGCAUGCUCACUGAAGAUGUGAUCACUGCUCUCAAAAGCAUGGGGCUUUUCGAUCCCCAGGCGACUCCUAAAAAGCGUAAAUCAAACCGCACGGGGGUAGUGGACGACACACCACCGGGGCAGAUUGUCACUAUUCACAAAUCUGAUGUUUGGGAUUGGGCCCAAGCCCAUCAUCUGCUAUUAGAAGACCCGGUUUGUGACUCUGGGUUUGAGGGACUUUGGCCCCCGGUCCUCUCAUCCGAAGGGGAUAGCCAGAGUCUUACUUCGGAGGAUAGUUGA